UAACCAACCUGUGUGAGCUGUCAAAGAAAAUAUUCAUUCAUCAUGACAUCAAGAAUAAUUUUACGUCAAAAUAUUUAUUUGAUUGGUGAUGUGGACACUCAAAUUAUCGGUAAUAAAUUGCCAUCAAAAUUACAAGUGCUAAAAGUUUUUUUUUAUCAUAUACGUAUUCUAAAAUUAAAAUUACGUGAAAGUGCUGAAAUCUGUGCAGAAGAAGUUAAAGUAUUUGGGCACAAAGCUCAGAUACCAACUAAAAGAAAAGAUCAUUGCAUAGAUCAGUUAUUAAAAUUAUAUGAACAAUAUCAGCUUCUCCAAAAAAGUAUGAACAGAGACUCAAAUAAAAUUAAAGAGGACGAAUUUAAAUCUUCAUUGUUAAAUUUAUUCGACAUUGCCCAUGCGAAUGUGGCACAAAUGGUCAAUGAAAAUAUAAUGCAUUUUUUGACUCAACAACGGAAAGACGGUAGAGUGGGCUAUAUCGCUAACAUUGAGUCUGAUGAUAAUGAACAAACCCAAAAAAUGAAGGAUAAACUACUACAGCUACGUCGUGAAAAAUCGGAGAGAAAAAAAGCUCAAUAUGAUGAAUUUGUGGAAUUUGCAUCGAGCAGCGAAGUGCAAGGAGUAAAUCCAGUAAGUCAAAAAACAUAAUGGUCUGCUUCAAAUUUUUCCGAUGAACUGGCAACUACUCAGCAUCAAGAAUAAACACAAUCUCGUGGCACAAUAAAUAUCGUAAAUGAUAAAUUAGUAGCGGUCUAAAUUCUAAGUAACGAGGGAAAUUUCUCUCAUAUUAUUUCCAUAAGAAACAUAGGUUGGAAUGCGGACUAUCUAAGAGUUGAUAUUAAGAGCUCAAAUUUUCAGAGAAUUUUUUUUUUAUAGAUUUGGAAGAUUUUGUGCCCCUGGGAGCCAAGAAAUUUAAAAACACCCCUGUUAAACACAACCCUUAUGUGUAUUCUAGAUUUUAAUCCUGACAAAUUAUCUUUCAAAAUAACCCCUUUAACCCUUAUGAAUAAACAGAAAGAGCAUAUCAUUCAUCUCUCUUCAUCUCUCUCUCUCUCUCUUUACAUUUUUAAACCCGUGUUGCGCAUAUUUGAUCCAUAGGGCGUGUUCGGCGAUUUUAAGGUAUAGGAAUUGAUUCGAGUGAUGCGAGAUGCAUAAUAGAGCGCCUUAAAGUGUGUGGAGUGAGGUAUAGGAUGCGUUAGGCCUUGUGUACGCGUUUCACUUACAUUCUGGCUAGAUCAAAAAGUGUUUCGUUUUCCCUAAUAAGAGGGUUACACCAUAUUGGCAU